CUCUGUGUGUGUGUGUGUGUGUGUGUGUGUGUGUGUGUGUGUGAGAGAGAGAGAGAGAGAGAGAGAGAGAGAGAGAGAUGGGGUGGCAGUGGGUGAGCCCCUGACACUUUGAAAAUGGUCAGGAUUUUGCUUUCUAGCUCUUGCCCUGGCUGCUUUCUCUUUCACAGACUCCAUGCUGCAUCUCAGAAGGUCCAGGGUGUGAGAUUUCCAGACCUGUGAAGGGACAGAAGCCCAGCUUACUUGUAUGUCCUUCACUGUGGAAAAUUCUGUCUACUUCAUCUCUGCCUCUAACCUGAUAUUGGAGCUUUUCAAGAAGGGCCAUGGCCUCAGCCACAGCUACCCAGAAGAUGAGGGAGGAAGCCACGUGCUCCAUCUGCUUGGAGCUCAUGAUGGAGCCCGUGAGCAUCAACUGUGGGCACAGCUUCUGCCGCCAGUGCAUAGAAAGCAUCCUUGAGAACCCACGAGUGACAUCAUCCCCAAGGGAGUCCCAAUGUCCCCUGUGCCGGGCACCAUUUCAAAGGGAGAGUCUCCGAUCCAUCAAGCAGCUGGAAAACCUCAUUCAGACUGUUAGGGAGAUAGACAGUGAGAGGCAAUGUGAUGAACAUGGGGAGAAGCUCCGCCUGUUCUGUGAGGACGAUGGGCAGCUCAUCUGCUGGCUCUGUGAGCGCUCCCCCCAGCACAGAGGACACAGCACGGCUCUUGUGGACGACGCAGGCCCAGAAUACAAGGGAAAGCUCCAGAAAGUUGUAAAAUUCCUGCGGUUUUUAGAAGCCCGAUGUCAGGGUGCGAAGUUGACCAUAACAGCACAAAUAAGCAAGUGGGAGGAGAAGAUGGAGCUUCAGAGACAAAAAAUCCAGUCUGAUUUCAAGAAUCUCUACAAGUUUCUCCGUGAAGAGGAAAAGGCAUUUCUGUGGAGACUGGAGAAGGAAAAAGAACAGACUCUGAGGAGUCUGCAGGAUGAUAAAGCCAGUCUGGAAAAGCAGAGCCUUGAAAUCAAGAACCGCAUCCUGGAAUUAGAGAAGAAAUGUCAGCUGUCAGCCCAGGAUUUGCUGCAGGAUGUGAAAAACACCUUGAAUAGGAGUUCAGGUGUGACGCUGGAUUUACCAGAGGCCAUCUCUAUGGAGCCUAACACUGUGUGCAAUGUUUCUGAGCUUUACUUAAAUGUGAAGAAAAUGUUAAAGAGCUACCAAGUCAGCGUGACCCUGGAUCCAGACACAGCUCAUGAAGACCUUGUUGUGUCUGAGAAUCGGAGACAAGUGACUCGUACAGGCCCCCAGACGAAGGGUAACACUUCUGGGAGAUUUAGUGUCUUCCGCUGUGUCCUGGGCUGUGAGGGCUUCACCAUAGGAAGAUAUUACUUUGAAGUGGAUGUAGGAGAAGGAACUGGGUGCGAUUUAGGAGUUUGCCUGCAAAAUGUGCCAAGAGGUCUUCUCAUGAGGCUGAAGCCUGAAUCUGGAUUCUGGGCCAUCAGGAUAUGCAAAAUAAAUGGGUACAUGGCCCUUACCUCUCCACCAACCAUCACUUCCUCUGAGCGAGCAGCCUCGGGUUGUGGGAGUUUUUCUGGAUUCUGCAUCUUUGUCACACCUAAAUUAUCCGACCUGAGUUGCCUGAGACAGCACCACGCUGUCGUCAGCCUGAUCUCAGGCAGCAUUAAUGAUGACCACAAAGUCACCAAACUAAAUGUUUGUUGA